GCUGAUGUGUACGGUGCGCGCCAGUGAAACUCCUAUGUGGACUCUGCAGCGCCGGAGUGAAUUUGGUUGAUUUGGUGCCUAGCCUGGAUGCCCGGGUUACAGGCCUUGGUGUUGUGGCGUUCCACAAAACUUCCAGCUGGAGAAUUCCCGUUGAACUGGCUCUUCUCAGGGGAUUUUAAAAAUGAAUGAAAAAGAGCUGGAAACAAACCCACAGCAGCGGAAAUUUCCUAAAUGGAUGACAAUGCAGAAUAAAAAAUGUGCUGUAGAAGAAAGAAAGGCAUGUAUUCUGAAGAGUGUUUUUGAAGAUGACCUUCCCUUCUUAGAAUUCACAGGAUCUAUUAUAUAUAGCUAUGAAGCUAGUGAUUGCUCUUUCCUAUCAGAAGAUAUUUGCAUGAAUCUGUCUGAUGGAGAUGUGAUAGGAUUUGAUAUGGAAUGGCCGCCAGUAUACAGUAAAGGGAAACUAAGCAGAGUUGCACUAAUUCAAUUGUGCGUGUCUGAAAGUAAAUGGUACUUGUUUCACAUUUCAUCAAUGGCAGUUUUUCCCCAGGGAUUAAAAAUGUUGCUUGAAAAUAAAGCAAUUAAAAAGGCAGGUGUAGGWAUUGAAGGAGAUCAGUGGAAACUUCUACGUGACUUUGACAUCAAAUUGAAGAGUUUUGUGGAGUUGACASAUGUUGCCAAUGAAAAGGCUGGUCUCAUUAUUUAUCGAAAAUUAGAAAUUUUGGAUAUUGCUAUGCACAUGUUUGCUCCAAAUAAAG